AUGAAACUCCCACUGACACUUCUCGGAUUGAGUGCCGGGAUUGUCUCUGCUUCUCCACUAGAGAAAUGGUCAUCCAGAUUCCAUGCGUCCCCGUACGCGGUGGAUAUGUUCAAUACUGCCAUUGAAUGGAAUGACGGAUACUGGGACGACGAGGCUGGCUAUCUCAUCAGCGCUGCCAGUAGUCCUGGACGCUAUGAUAGUCGACACACAGCCUGGUAUGCACCUCAAUUGCUAGCCAGAAACGGACCGGGUGAUGUUGAAAAAGCCAUUCGUAUCUUUGACAAUGUCAUCUCUGGUCAAUAUCUUGAUCCGUCGAAGCAGUGGUAUGGAGACUAUCAACAAGCGCCUUCGGAGCCUCAGCCUGGGACGUUGGUAUACCCCGAUGAAGGUCCAUACAGCUCGUGGGAUCCAAACAUUCGCGUCUUCGUUGGCUGUUCCUGGAUUGUGGCCUUAAAUGAUUACGGCCACCUACUUCCCCGAGCGACAGUUGCCAAGGUGGAACAGUCCUUGCACAUCGCAGCCAAGGGCGAUCUCUACCGUGUCGGAGGAAUUGACGGCGACAAUUCAUACCCCUGUUACUCCAAUCCCUGGUUGAUGCGAACCAUUUUCCACAACUGGGUUGGAGCCCGAGUCGGCGAUGCAAACUUGACCCAGUCUGGUGAAAUGUUCGCAGAGGAAAUUUACGAUCUCUGGAGUAUGCACCGCACAUUGUCUGAAUUCAAUUCUCCCACCUACGCUGGCGUCGCUAUGUGGGCUCUGGCUCUCUGGAACCAGUACGCGACCAAGGGCAGCUCGUUGAAGAAGUAUGGACCGGAGAUGCUCAAGGCCAGUUGGAACGAACUCGCUCAGCUCUAUAAUGCAAACCUGAAGAAUCUUGCUGGUCCUUGGGAUCGCUCAUACGGCUACGAUAUGAAAGAGUACGCUUCUCUUGUUGGCGCCGUGAUUUGGGGUGUUAUUGGCCGCAAAAAUGCACCCGUUCCUCAGCAGAAUCUGGGCAUGUUCCAUCAAGAUGAUCUUGCUUUUUACCCGCUCUUCGCCCUGUCGAUGCCUACAAUGGUGAAGACUCUGCCUGCAAAGGCAAAGGCGAGCUUGCUCAAAUUCCAGGGCGAGCAUAUGUUUACUUCGCAGGCUUACUCGCCGCCCUUUGAUACUUAUCCUCGCAAUAUCUCUGCUUGGAUGUCCAAGGAUGUCACAAUUGGCGCUGAAACUAUUGCCGAGAAAGUCGUCGGCGGUCCCGCUAAGAACCCCGGUCAAUUCAGUCCUGCUGUCAUUCAGUGGGCUAUUGAUGAGCAGAAAAUUGGCUGCAUUUCACACUGGGUCACAGAGGCAUCUAUUCAUGCCGUGGCCGCCCCUGGGUCUUUGCAUAUCUCAUACCCAAAUGCGACAUCUGCACACGGUCCGAUUUCUUUCAAUUUCUUGUUCAGUGGCCUCACCAUCAAUAAUGGGUUCAAUGUAACUGGACUGGAAGGUCUACCUGGCUUGAAGGUCAAGGUUGAGACCAAUGCGCAACCGGGUUAUACGAUGACGUACGUCGGUUCUGGUGGUGUCAACGAAUUUUCGUAUUACAACGUUACAUACACAAUGCCUAAGAGGUUCACUGGGGAACCAUUUGUUACCCUCCAGGUAGUUUGA